GAAGGUGGCGAGAUCUCAAUUCCCAAGCUAGGCAAAGAAAAUAAAGAAGGUCGCGAGGAUUAAACAAACGUGCACCGAAUCUCUCUCUCUCUCUCAAUAAAGAAAAUUUUCUGAUCGAUUCCGCCAUUGCACAAGCAAGUUCCGACGACUUCCCGGCGUAGAGCUCUGUUCUUCUGAAAGACAACGAUUGAUGAUUUCUAGGUGAAACAAAGAGGUCUCUCACGGCGGAUUCUUUUUUUUUUUUUCUAUCGACAUGGAAUCGGAAUAUUCUAGCGCCGGCGUAGGGAAUCUCGAACCGUCGAUCGCGACAUGGCAUUUCCAGAUUGCAGUCUGUUUCGCCUUCGGAUUCUUCUUCCUAAGGCUCUUCCUCGAUAGAUUCGUCUUUCAAAGGAUAGCUGUGUGGCUUUUGAGUACUGGUUCUAAGCCAAUUAAAAUGAAAGAUGCUGCUACUCGUGCAAAGCUCAUCAAAUGCAAGGAGUCCCUCUGGAAAUUGCUCUACUAUGGUGCUUGUGAGGUCUUCGUUCUCAAUGCCCUUUAUCACGAGCCUUGGGCCAGAGAUAUAAAGCUCUUCUUUCACGGUUGGCCUAAUCAAGAGCUCAAGCUUCCAAUAAAGCUUUACUAUAUGUGCCAGUGCGGUUUCUAUGUGUAUGGUGUUGCUGCCUUGCUUGCAUGGGAGACCAGAAGAAAGGACUUUGCUGUUAUGAUGUCUCACCAUGUGAUUACUAUCAUCCUCAUUGGCUACUCAUACCUAACGGGUUUUUUCCGCAUUGGAGCUAUCAUCCUAGCCCUUCAUGACGCAAGUGACGUUUUUAUGGAAACUGCUAAAAUUUUCAAGUACUCUGAAAAGGAAUUUGGAGCAAGUGUGUGUUUUGCACUUUUUGCUGUCUCCUGGCUUUUGCUACGGCUGAUAUACUUUCCAUUUUGGAUCAUAAGGGCCACCAGCAUUGAACUCCUGGAUUAUUUGGACAUGACAUCAACUGAAGGCACCGUCAUGUACUAUUCUUUCAACACAAUGUUACUGAUGCUUCUUGUUUUCCACAUAUACUGGUGGUAUCUCAUUUGCGCCAUGAUCGUAAGACUACUUAAAAACAGAGGAAAAGUUGGAGAAGACAUAAGAUCCGAUUCAGAGGAUGAUGAUUAGGCUUUGCGAGCAUGACAGAUACGGAAACAUGUUUCCACUUCCCCAACCAAACCGUUUACUUGCUGAUGAAUUUGUUCUCAGCGUGAUUACCUUUACUGACAAGAGUUGGAGGUUAAAAAAGAAAGGUUAUAGUUUUUUUGUUCAGUUUUGUAUUGGUCGAGUCCAUAUGGACUUUAUAAGACUGCAUAUUCUCUUUGACAAAUAUAAGGAAAAAAACAGAAGCUCAGGUUUCUUGUGUUGUUCUAUGCUGUAUACAACAAUGUGGAAGUCACUUUGUAAAUGCAAUUUAUCUUUUGUAUUGU